GCACUGCCGGUUCCAGUUGUGCAGCGGGAGGACUGCCGGGGAAGGAAGCCCGGGCUGAGAAUCAGUCCCCACAUCUGGCUCCCCGGAGAUCGCCUUUCGUUGGAUCAGGAAGUAGAAAAUCUAUCAUUUGCUUGAUGGGUUCUUCUUAAGUUUUGGUUUUUGCACAACGAAGCCUCCAGCUUCAACACCCAUUAUGAGAGCAAACAACUUAUCUGUACAAUCUAAACACUCAAUUAACUACAUGGAAAGCAAGGCGGUGAUUCCUAACACGACUGAAUUUAAAUCAAGCUGUGACUCUCCACAGUGCAGCCGGAAACGGAGAUAGACAACUUGAACUGAAACCUGAGAACAUCUAAGGGGCUUCGGACCGCUGCUUCUCAGCAGUUUUUAUUCUUCAGAAAUUAGCAAGAAGACCUCGGACCCCAGGGGAGACAGGAGAAAUGGAAAGUGCCCCGUGUGUCCCCAUUUUCUUGGUUUUAUGCAUCUUUAUCCAAUCAAGUGCCCAUGGACAAAGCCUGGGACCAGAGCCAUCUGGAAGAAGAUCUCAAGCUGUUGAAACAAAGAAAACGCUGCAGGAGACGAAGACCAGAUUCCUGCUCUUAGGAGAUAAGACCAACGAGGGCUGUCAGAUUCAGCUCAACCGCCCGGACACAUUACAGGAGUGUGGCUUCAACUCCUCCCAGCCUUUGGUGAUGAUAAUCCACGGGUGGUCGGUGGACGGCAAGCUGGAAAACUGGAUCUGGCAGUUGGUGGCCGCGCUGAAGUCUCGGCCAGCCCAGCCAGUGAACGUGGGGGUGGCGGACUGGCUCACCCUGGCCUACCAACCCUACACCAUCGCCGUGCGCAACACCCGCCUCACGGGCCAGGAGGUCGCGGCUCUUCUUCGGUGGCUGGAGGAAUCCGUUCAAUUCUCUCCAAGCAAUGUUCACCUAAUUGGGUACAGCCUGGGCGCCCAUGUCUCGGGAUUCGCUGGCAGUUACCUCGGCCGAAAGCACAAGAUUGGGAGAAUUACAGGGCUGGACGCGGCGGGGCCGCUGUUUGAGGGAAGUCCCCCCAGCGACCGUCUUUCUCCCGAUGACGCCAACUUCGUGGAUGCCAUUCACACCUUCACCCGGGAGCACAUGGGCCUGAGCGUGGGCAUCAAACGGCCCGUCGCGCACUACGACUUCUACCCCAACGGGGGCUCCUUCCAGCCCGGCUGCCACUUCCUCGAGCUGUACAAGCACAUCGCCGAGCACGGCUUGCACGCCACCAUCACCAAGACCAUAAAAUGCUCCCACGAGCGAUCGGUGCACCUGUUCAUCGACUCCCUGCUGCACGACGGCAUGCAGAGCACCGCCUACCUGUGCAGCGACAUGGACAGCUUCAGCCAGGGCCGGUGCCUGAGCUGCAGGAAGGGCCGCUGCAACACGCUGGGCUACCACGUCCACCAGCAGCCGCAGAGCAAGAGCAAGAAGCUCUUCCUCGUGACGCGAGCCCAGUCCCCCUUCAAAGUUUAUCAUUACCAGUUCAAGAUCCGGUUCGUCAACCACAUUGAGAAGCCAAUAGAACCAACUUUUACCAUGUCGCUACUGGGAACAAAAGAGGAAAUGCAGAAAAUUCCCAUCACACUGGGUGGAGGAAUUACUAGUAAUAAAACCUAUUCCUUUCUUGUCACCUUGGACUCGGACAUCGGUGAGCUGAUCAUGAUCAAGUUCAAGUGGGAAAACAGUGCAGUGUGGACCAAUGUCUGGAACACGGUCCAGACCAUCAUCCCAUGGGGUGCAGAGCCCUGCUGUCACUCGGGCCUCCUCCUGAAGACCAUCAGAGUCAAAGCAGGAGAAACUCAGCAAAGAAUGACAUUUUGCUUAGAAAACACAGAUGAUCUACAACUUCACCCAACCCAGGAAAAAAUCUUUGUGAAAUGUGAACUAAGCUCUAAAAAAUCGAAGCGAAAGACCAGAUGAGCUUCAGUGAAGACCCAGUGUAAAGAAUAAAUGAAUCUGAUUCCUUAUCUGGAAUGGUUACCUUAUUCGGAAAAAUUGCAUAAAGAAUCUCACAUACAGUUUAAAUAAAGUUUAGAUUUGGGGGAGUAAUGUGUCACUGUUAUAAACUGAGCUUUUAAAAACUAUAUUACAUAACUAUUUUCAAGUAUUAGUACAAUAAAGAAUUCCAAAUUUCAUCCCUUGUUAAAUGUUAAUAUAUGCAAAUAAGUACAAAUGUAAAAGCCUUUUAGAUCUGUUGUUCUCAUUUACAAUGUCUUUUACAAUUAAUUCAAAUUUCCCUUAUAUCCUUGCAAUUUUAUGCUGAUCAGUUUCGAACUAUGAUGGAAAGAUACUUCUGUAUUACAUAACUAGUGCUUCAAUAAAGCAAAAUUGUGAUUAUUCA